AUGAAAGUAGCACCAUCCUCAUCAGCAGUGUCAUCACUCAAAGCACUGCAAGCCAAAGUCUUCGGCACCUCGUACAACCCAACCAACGCGAGGACAGGCGCCAAGUACCUCCGUGCAAGGUUACAGGGCCCUUCCAUGUUGAGCUACUACCCACCCACGGUCAACUUCCGAGCGAUCGAAAAGCUCGCCCCCGGCUUGGGAAGGUUGCAGGACGUCAGGGAGAUUCAGAGGGAGAAGGACGUCGAGAGGAAGAAGAUGCUCGGCAAAGGUCCACCUAAGAAAGGUAAGUUGGCGGGCGGAGAAGAGAAGAUCCACAAGAGACUUUGUACUGACGAAUCUGACUUUUUGAACGAUGAAUAG